AUGUCCUGCCAGCAGAACCAGCAACAGUGCCAGCCCCCUCCCAAAUGCCCCUCCCCCAAGUGCCCCCCAAAGAGCCCAGCCCAGUGCUCACCCCCAGCGCCCUCUGGCUGUGCCCUGAGCUCCGGGGGCGGCUGUGGGCCCAGCUCCGAGGGCGGCUGCUGCCUCAGCCACCACAGGCACCACCGCAGGUCCCACCGAUGCCGGCUCCGGAGCGCCGACUCCUGCGACAGUGGCAGUGGUCAGCAUUCUGGGGGCUCUGGCUGUGGCCACGGCUCUGGGGGCUGCUGCUGA